UGGUGAAUUAGAGAAGUGGAGCACGACCCUGGCUGCGGCCUUGAACAUCGGGGAAGCCACUGAGGAGCCCACAACGACACGUCCUACUUUGGACCCCCACCCAUGACCAGCAAUUGGUCGGCAUUGACGCUGAAGUCCGUAGCAUCGCGGAUGCUGAUACUGCGCAUGACGUCUGCAUGCUGGUCCCCACCAUGGCCUGCAAAACAUAAGGUUAAUCUGAAACACGCACUAAGCCCGCCACUUGCUGGUCUUCCGCCCGCGCUGCGAAUCCAGGCUUACAUCGCCUAUCACACCCCAUCACCAUUCGGCACUACUUUCGGUAUCCGAGGCGAUCGUCUUCGACUUCAAAAACAACAAAGACUUGGUUUGGGAAGUGGUCUUCAGGAGCCGUCAGGCCUACCGUCAUUGUACAAGAAGCAAGGGAUGCGCGACUUCUUUGUUCCUUCCUAUUCAGCCAACAGUCAGACAAGCCCCUUCCUUCUGGGCAACGGCUGAGGGUCGGUUGCGUCAUCUUCUUCCAGCGUCAGCAUGAACGGGCGGGAAAAAGCAGAUGCAGUAAUGCGACUUGUAACGCAGGGGAGCUUGUUUGAACAAAAGUAAUAUGGAC